AUGACAAAGUUUUCUUCCACUGUUACGAUAUUGUGUCACAUUCUUGUUAUUCGUGAAUCGGGUCACAACUACCAUAUCUGCCCAGCUGACACGGUCAACGUUCUCGUGACACUUCAGGUCAUUAAUCCAAAUCAACGCUUUUUCGGUAACAAUCAACCAUUUUUAAUUGCGACUCUUCACGUUACCCCGGUGUUCUCAAGGUUUGACACGCGACGUUGCCCAUUUGUCAUCUGUAUGCCAAACAUUGGUCCGAUUUAUUGUUAA